AUGGCAUACCUGGCAUAAAGAUUACUAUUGCUGCUUCUCCUUAAUUUUUAGCUAAUCUUUACUUAUAUUGGGUUCUUCAUCACGGUUUACAUUUCUUCAAGAGGCUGUUGUUCUUUUUACUAUUGGGUACAUUUAUGCUCAGACAUGGCCUGUUUUUGGUCGGAUAACUGUUUUGAUGGCUCGCUGUUAUUUCCCACUGUGUGAUGAUAUCAUUACAUAGCAGUAACUUUUUAAUGUGUUUGUAGUGAUUAAUUUUAUAUGCAAUGAUUGCUGAGAUGUUAUGUUUAUCAGUAGUACAUGAUUACCAUUUUGAAAGGUGGAUAUAAGUGUUUUCUGGUAGGGUUGUUGUUGCUUGUUCUGAUAGAAUAGCAGAUGGGAUGAAAGUAAACAGACCAACUGAUCUUUCCAUGUGGAUACCAUUUCUACACAUUAUUAGUGUGGAGAGAGUCAGUGACGACAAGGUUGUACAUAACAUAAAGGGACAGAAAGGAGUCGUCACUCUUGUUUUAAAGUGCUAUGACUUUCGAACUGUUAGAAUGACUUUUAUGAAUCAAGCUUUUGAGGAUGCUCCAGAUGCAUUUCAUCGUCGACUAAGUGCUAUGUCCGUGAAUACUGACAGGAAACAUAAAGCCAUUAGUCCUUGUGAUGGUGAAGAUCACAUAGUUGAACUACAAGAUGUUGCAUCAUCUGUUGAAACUUUCUCAGAAGAGAUCGAUGAGAUGAAAGCAACGAACAUCAGUGUGUGUCAGUUUGAGUCUCAGAGUGGCAGUGCAGACUACAGUGUUGCUGCUGGCAAUGUUGUUGUUGACAUGCCUUGUUCUUCUGUUAUUUCUGCUGCACCUGUGCGCAGUGAGCAGCAGAAAGCAUAUCUGAAAGCUCGAUUGUCUACAUCGGCUCAAGCUAGCAUUCGUAGCAUGAAGGAACAAAUCAAAAGCAGGGCUGUGUUUGGACAACAGAGCAGAAGCGAAAGUGCUGUUGAGCCAUUGAUCAAAUCAUUUCAUGAUCGUCUUGACUACAUUUUACUCAAUCCUUCAACGCAAUCAUUUGCAUAUGUGGGUGAAUCUGAAGUUUUUGAACAUCUUGUUGGAUGGCAAACAUUUGUCAGUGAGGAUGAGUUUCAAAGACAGCAGGUGAAUGACAAGUGGAAAGCUUACAAACUGAAUUCUUGUUAUGGUUUAUGUCCCAGCUAUCCUCCGACUCUCUACUUACCAGCAAAUCUGAAGGAUGAGACGAUUCGGCUGUGUGCUGAGUUUAGGAGCAAGUGUCGGCUACCUGUGCUGUCUUGGUUUAAUCAUCGGCUCGGUAAUUUUAUGAUGCGAAGUGCACAACCGAAACCUGGUGCUAUGGGAAGAUUCUCAGUAGAAGAUGAACAUCUUAUUGAGGCAGCACGCCUGUGUCAUCCUGAGUCAUCAACUUUGGUUAUAUUUGAUGCUCGAUCUCAAGUAGCAGCUGGAGGUAAUAUGUUAAAGGGGUUGGGAACGGAGAAUACAAUUCGGUAUCGUAACUGCAGGCUACUCCAUCUUGAUAUUGGUAAUAUUCAUGCAAUGAGAGAGAGUAUUGACAAACUGAGGAGUGCUGUGUGUGAAAGAACAACAGAGCUUCGUUGGCUAUCAACACUGGAGGACACACAAUGGCUUAAACACAUUGCCACUAUUCUCACUGGUGCGACUACUGUAGCUCGUUAUGUGGCUGAAAAAGGAGCUGGAGUACUUGUUCAUUGUAGCGAUGGAUGGGAUCGUACAUCCCAGCUCACUUCUUUAUCGCAGCUCAUGUUGGAUUCUUAUUACAGAACUUUUGAAGGCUUUAAGGUUUUAGUUGAGAAAGAAUGGCUUUCUUUUGGCCACAAGUUUACUGAUCGAUUGGGCAAUCCGGCAUUUCCAAAUGAGCGAUCUCCUGUGUUUUUGCAGUUUCUUGAUUGCACAUGGCAGAUCAUGCAGCAGUUUCCUACCGCAUUCGAAUUCAAUGAAGACUACUUACUGAACAUAUCUGAACAUUUUUCAUCUGGAUGGUUUGGAACGUUUCUAAUGAACACCAAUCAGGAGCGUAUGACUCACCACGUAAUGACGAUGACUGUAUCUCUCUGGUCGCAUUUAGACGCUGUCAAAGAGACUUUGCUUAAUCCAGCAUACUCUCUUGCAGACGAGUUGUUGAAGCCGUUGACGAGUAUUCGUCGUCUACGGCUGUGGAAUGGCUAUUUUCUGCGUUAUGAUGAAAGUGCGUGGGAUGUCACAGCUAGUGAUGCGAUGGAAGGAGACGAUGAUGUUUGCGGUGGGCACUCACAGAAAGGACAGCAUCGAGUGAACGUUGUAGUUUGGGUUCCUGACAAGAGAGCGAAAGUUUGCUAUGAUUGCAAACUUAGAUUCACGCGCUUCAGACGCCGACAUCACUGCAGGGCUUGUGGUCAAGUGUUGUGUAAUGAAUGUACUACACAUCGAUUGUCUCUUCCGCAAUUCGGUUAUCCAACUUUUCAAAGAGUCUGUGAUGUCUGCUAUAAUCAACACUCGGCUAAGUCGAUAGAUGCAGGAGAAUAUGUCGUAGUGUCAACUUAGCGUGUAUAUAGAUAGUGUUGUGUAUAUAGAUGUACUGAACUAUAUACUAUUAUGCUUUGGACGUGUUGAUUGGACGUACGUGGUCAAAUUAAUUACUGAUUUAGACUGGGGUCUGUCCAGUUAUGUGUUUUAUAUACCUUAAUUAUAACAAUGCGUCUACUUUAGUA